AUUAUUAAUCAAAGUGACACCAAAUGAAUUUAAAAUACCAAAUUAUAAUUCUGCGAUAAUUUGUAUAAAUUUUUGUUUCCAGCAGUCAGAGCCGAAAGAGUGUCUUCAUUUUAAAACCCAGCCAACUUAACUAUAGUCAUUUGUUAGCAAACUGGUUUUUCGCAUAAUUUUUAACAAAAUGAUUAAAGCACUUAGCAAAAUCUGGAUUCUAGUUUGCAAAGACAUAACCCUAUGGACACGACAGAUCACUUUGGUGAUUUAUGAAGUUGUUUUCCCCAUCCUUUUCUGUUUUUUAAUUAUUAUGCUUAGGCGUAACACUGGAUUUAUUACUGACUACGAGUCACAAACUUACGAAGCAUUUAGUCCAAAACCGGGGACUCUUUGCUCCGGCUACGACAACGAAACAGAAAUCUCUGUGGCAUUUUCGCCAACAAGCCCGUUACUGAAGGAUAUCCUGAAAAAUGUGUGCCCCAAUGUUAGGGACAUCAAAGCUUACCAAACUUCCAAUAAACUGAACGAAGCAGUUAAGAACAAAAAAUUCGCUUUCGCGUUACAAAUGGACGAUAAAUUAUCAGGCGCACGUAAUAUCAACGAUCUUCCUGACGUUAUAAAUAUUUCCUUGCGACUGCCAUCAGAAGAUCACAAAUCUCACCAAAAAGCCGAAUGGUACACGAAUUUGUUGUACCCUCUAUUGCUCAUCGGUUCUAGGGAUUUUGACGAUAAAUACGCUGGGCCACCAAGUUACGAGAACAGGGGAUUCCUGUAUUUGCAAAAACACGUAAUCUUGGGUUUUUUGAACAAGACGGCAAACGCUACACCUAAUCUUGACAUAGAAAUGAAACGAUUCCCGUAUCCAGAAUGGACGCAGAACACACUAAAUACGAAACAGACGCAGUUGUUUUCAGCAAUGAUGAUGGUUUUGAUGUUUAUGACCAACGUGAAUAAUGCGGUCACUGAAGUUGCCACAGAGAAAGAAGCACAGCUCAAAGAAUAUAUGAAAAUUAUGGGCCUUUCUGCUUGGUUGCAUUGGCUCUCGUGGUUCCUUCGUUAUGUUCUAGUGCUAGUCGUCGUAAUUAUUGCAGCGAUUGUGAUUUUUAAAGUACAAAUUGCCUUAAGGCCGGUGUUUAUAUACACAGAUGGUACAGUUUUAUUCGUUCUUUUUCUAAUUUUUGGAUGUAGCCUUAUCACGUACUCCUUUCUGAUGAGUACCAUUUUCCCAAAAGCAAUUCUUGCCACGAUUGUUGCAACGGUCAUAUACACGGCGGCAGUUUUGGCGGCAUUUUCUUUGGUGAACAAGAACGAUAUUUUACCACAAAACACCAAAAUCGCAAUGAGUUUUUUUUCCCCAAUGGCCAUGUUUUUUGCGUUAGUAAUUGUGUUUCAGUUUGAAGCAACUGGAGAAGGGAGCCAGUGGAGUAAUAUGUCUGAAAGCACGUUGGUGGGUGAUUUGCCACUGGGUACGAUUUUACUAAUCAUGGUACUUGACACAAUUAUUUAUAUGAUCAUCACUAUUUACUUGGAGGCAGUACUGCCAAGCGAAUUUGGCGUGGCUAAACCCUGGUACUUCCUUUUCACACCGAACUUUUGGUGUACGAAACCUCAGGAACAAAGAGAGCAGCCGACUCAGGCAAAAGGCGAUCAGUUUGAGGAGUUUACCGAAAACCUUCCAGUUGGAAUACGAAUCAAAAAUCUUUCGAAAACUUUCGGGCACAACACCGUGGUCAAAAACCUAGAUUUGGAAAUGUACGAAGGACAUAUAACAGUGCUGUUGGGUCAUAACGGUGCUGGUAAAACCACCACCAUGUCCAUGAUUUGUGGCAUAAUUCCGCCCACUAGUGGCACAGCCGUUGUAAACGGUCAUGAUGUGAGAACCAACGCGCAAAAAGUCCGCGAAAGCAUGGGACUGUGUCUCCAACACAACGUUUUGUUUGAUAAUUUAAGUGUCGAGGAACAUGUUGUUCUUUUUUGUAAACUGAAAGGGAUGAAUGAUGGGAAAAAAAUCAAGGAUGAGGUGAAUAGCUACUUGAAAAUCUUGGAAAUUGAAGAUAAGAGAAAAACGUACUCCAAACGAUUAUCUGGAGGUAUGAAGCGAAAAUUAAGCGUAGCGAUAGCAUUUUGUGGGCAAUCAAAGGUGGUGAUACUCGAUGAACCAACCGCAGGCAUGGAUCCUUCUGCCAGAAGGACAGUUUGGGAGUUGCUUCAGAAACAGAAAAAAGGACGGACAAUUUUACUGACAACGCACUACAUGGACGAAGCUGAUUUAUUGGGUGAUCGAAUUGCCAUAAUGACAGUUGGUGAAUUACAAUGUUGCGGAUCUAGUUUUUUCUUAAAAAAGAAAUACGGCUCUGGUUAUUCGCUAAUUUUGGAGAUUACACCAAAAUGUCACCCGGAAUAUGUUACGGAUAUGCUGAGAAAACACAUACCAUACUUAAAAAUCCAUGCUCGUAUGGGCUCCGAGCUCACGUACAUAUUGCCUGAUAAGGAUUCGCGAAAAUUUGAAGCAUUGUUGUUCGACUUGGAACGCCAGAAGUCCUCCCUGGGCGUGCUGAAUUUUGGGAUCCAGCAGGCGUCUUUGGAGGAAAUCUUUUUAAAAGUUGGUGCCGAGCAUGAUAAAGAAAUUGCAGAAAUGUUCAACAAAAAUCAAUCACAGGGUUCAGUCAGCACGAAGGAAGAGCCAAUCAACCUAACCGGUUGCAGUUUGCUGCGAAACCAAAUUAUGGCAAUGCUCCUGAAGAAAAAGUUAUCGCUUUUUCGGUCAUGGAUCCUAUUUUUGUUCCAAAUAAUCCUGCCCCUAAUAAUAGUAGCAGGCUACACAUUAAUGUCCAUAAGUGAGGGAAAUGAAAGCUCGUACCCCUCUCUGAAAAUAACGCUAAGUUCCUACAACAAUACAGUAACCCUUCUUGAAAAGAACGGUGCCGAUGACUUGCUGCCUGACACCUACGUGAAAGCGCUCAAGGACCACACGGUGAAAACCGUGGAUAAUAUCACUAAAGAAAUCCUCGACGUGGCAAAAAACUUGACGGCUGUAAAGAACCACUACAUCGUCGCUGCAUCUUUCAACGACACGGCAGCAACAGCUUGGUUCAACGGUGACCCUUACCAUGCAGUUCCACUCUCACUAAGCCUUGUUUUAAGCACAAUGUACAAGGCAAGGCUUGGCGAGAAAAAAUCUGUUACGUUUUUCAACCAUCCCCUACCUCCCUCCAAUGACGCGCAGCUAGUAGCUUCAGAAAAGAACAAAAUGUCCUCGGCGGCUGAAAUGGGCGUCAUGUUGGGCGUGGGCAUAGCUGUGUGCACUUACGUGAUGUUUUACAUUCGUGAGCGGGUCUGCAAAUGCAAACAUUUGCAGAUGAUUUCAGGAGUGAACGUUUUCGUUUUCUGGAGCACUGCUUUCUUUUGUGACCUAUUAGCCUGUCUCUCGACUACUAUUUUCCUCCUGAUCCUCCUAAUAGAGUCACCCUUGAGUAGCUUACAAACGGCAGAAAUAGGUCUUGUUGUUUUGUUAUUUGUGGGCUACUUUUGCUUUGUUUUACCCUUUAUUUACUUGAUAUCGUACUGCUUUAAAGUACCAGCUAUGGGAUGCACCAUACUGGUGUCACUCUGUAUGUAUAUGGCAAUAAUUCCAUAUAUGGCGAUGAUGAUGGCAAAAGCUUACGGUGCGUCAAAAUCUACGCUUUCCACCAUGUACCGGACUUUUGUAAUUGUUCCCUUUUAUACCAUUGGUAGAGGGAUUUCUGAUGUGACUUACAUCAGCUCGGUGAGAAAGCUUUGCUUAAAAAAUAAUGAAACCAUAGAGCAAGCUUGCGCCCGCAGUACGAUUUGUUGCGAGACGGACUACUAUUCGUUAGAAGCCCCCGGAAUCGGGCUAAUUGUAGCCGUAUCAUUCAUCAUGUGUCUUGUCCUCUUCACGAUAAUUUUUUUAAUCGAAUUUGGUUUCUUCAGCUGUCUGUUCGGCAAAAUCGUACACUUUACCAAGCGUCCGAAUAAAACUGUAAUAUUGGAAAGUGAUGUGCAAGACGAGAAUACAAAAAUCAAAAACUCCCCAGAGAACGAGUUGAAAAAUAAUUACUCGGUGAUCCUUCGCGAUCUCACCAAAUAUUACGGAGCAAAUUUUCUCGCAGUGAACGGCCUCUGCCUGGGCAUAAAGCCGUACGAGUGCUUCGGCCUGUUGGGGGUGAACGGUGCCGGCAAAACCACCACUUUCCAAAUGAUGACCGGCGAUUCAAGAAUCACUUAUGGCAAUGCUUGGGUGCACGGCUGGAGCAUCAAAACCCACCCAAAGCAGGUGCAAAAGUUUGUCGGUUAUUGCCCGCAAUUUGACGCCUUACUCGACGACCUCACCGUCAGGGAAACCCUGCUGAUGUUCGGCCUCAUCAGAGGGAUACCUCUCAGCCAGUGUCUCGGCCUGGCUGAGGGCCUGGCCCGUGAUUUCGAUUUUCUCAAGCAUGUUAAUAAAAAGGUGAAGCAGCUGAGUGGCGGCAACAAGAGAAAAUUGAGCACCGCGCUGGCCUUGAUCGGAGACCCUCCGGUGAUUUUUCUGGAUGAGCCCAGCGCUGGGAUGGAUCCAGCGACAAAGCGGUUCCUCUGGAACGGCCUUGCGAGGUUGAGAGACAGUGGAAAGUGCAUUAUUUUGACGUCGCACAGUAUGGAAGAGUGCGAGGCUUUGUGCACUAGAAUUGCCAUUAUGGUUAAUGGCACUUUCCAGUGUCUUGGAUCGACCCAGCGGUUGAAAAGUAAAUUUGCUCAAGGGUUCUCGCUUUCGAUAAAAAUCAAGAGAUACGAUGAUAAAGCGCCCAUUGAUGAGCAGGUUAAAAAUAUCGAUAACUUCGUUCAGAAAUAUUUUCCGGGAUCGGAACUCAAGGAAAGGUAUCAGGAGCUAGUGACUUAUCACUUGGUUAAUGAAAAAAUGUCGCUGUCGCAAAUGUUUGGACUUAUUGAAGGGUCGAGACGACAGCUUAGCAUCGAAGAUUACUCUCUGGGGCAGUGCAGUCUGGAACAGGUGUUUUUAAGCUUCGCCAAAGAACAAAAGGAGCAGUGACUGAUUUUGAAAGUGCAAUUUGUAAAUUCAUUGUAAUAAGGUAGACUCUAAUAAUAAAACCUAAUGACAC